CAAGAUUUUGAUGCCGAUGAAGCAAGGAAAAGUGAAGAUGAGGAAGAAAUACUUUCAAAGGACAAGGAGUACCAGGAAUUGUUACGGGAGUACUGCAGCAUCCCUGGUAUGGGUCAGAGGGUUUUGGUGAUACAACCAGACAUGAAGGGUGGAGACAAGUCCUCCCUUACGACCCCGGUCCUCCAGCUGGCCGAGGCCUGUGCCCUGGUGGAGACGCUGCCCAGGUGGAAAGUGGUGCAGAAAAUGGUGGUCCCAGUACAGAACCACCAGCUGUCUCAUGUGUUCAGUCCAGGACGUCUGGCUCAGCUGACUGAGGAAAUCACCAAUAAUAAACACAUCAGCAUGGUGUUCCUAAGUACCAACAAACUGGCUCCCUCACAGGUGUCCAGCCUCCAGGAUCUCUGGAACAUACCCAUCAUUGACAGGUACACAGUGGUCCUACAGAUAUUUAAGGAACAUGCUAAAACUAAGGAAGCCAAACUGCAGGUAGCUCUAGCUGAGAUCCCCAUGCUCAGAUAUUGCAUACCUGAUAUCCAUGAGGGCACACAUGACAAAACAUUUGGGGGAAGUAACUACCUUGGGGGAGACACCCAUUAUCAGCACCGCUGGCAUCUACUGGGGGUAAGUAAUGACUUAGGGACACACCUACAUGUACAUCCUAAACUAAUGACAUCUACUGGGGGUAAGUAAUGACUUAGGGACACACCUACAUGUACAUCCUAAACUAAUGACAUCUACUGGGGGUAAGUAAUGACUUAGGGACGCACCUACAUGUACAUCCUAAACUAAUCACAUCUACUGG